AUGAGCGGCGGCCAAGGUAGCAAACGCAGUUUCGAGAUAGACGCCGAUUACUCGAGGGUGUUUUCUUCGCUCCAACGCCUUCAGUCAAAUGGUCAAUUGUGUGACGUAGAAAUUCUCGUAAGGAAUGGAACAUUACGUGCACAUAAGGUUGUUCUGGCAGCUGUUAUUCCCUUCUUCAAAACAAUGUUCACUGGAAAUAUGCAAGAGGCAAGAAGUUAUCAAAUUACUCUGCAAAGUAUCGAUCACGACACCCUAGUACAGUUAGUUUUGCAUGUCUACGGUCAUAGCUUGGUAGUUUCGGAAGGAAAUGUUCAAGCAUUGUUGGUUGCAGCUGACUUCUUACAGCUUCAACGUAUCACCGAGAAGUGUUCAAUGUUCCUUACUGAUCAUGUCCUCUGUUGCUAUAAUGCUUUGGGCAUCCGAGAGCUUUUCUCUGCAUUAGGGCAUAGUUCGCGGGUUCUGGAAGUCGAAGAGUUUAUAGAAAGAAACUUCUUGCCUAUCAGCUUCACUGAGGAAUUCAUCAUGCUUCCCAUUGACAAACUUGUUGAGCUAUUGUCCAGGGACAAAAUAAAUGUAGUCGAAGAGGAGAAUGUUUUCAAAGCAGCUGCACGUUGGAUCGAACACUGUCCAGCUCGCGCCAAAGUCGCUUUCCGAGUUCUUUCGUGCGUUCGCCUCCACCUGCUUAGAAAGGACUUCUUCGACAACAAUGUCGCUCGUCACCACAUUUUCCUCAGUGACGACUCGUGUCGUACACUUAUUGAUGAAGUGAAUAAUUACUUUCUGGAACCUCAGUUAUGCUCUCUAUCACUUUUUUCCGCUGCAGGACACCGGAGCUCCUACCGCUGGACCUUAUUUUUAUUAGGUGUAUGCAAUUAUGAAGGAAUGUUUGUUAAUGGUAUCAAGUACGAUCAGCUCACAAAAAAAUGGACUGGAAUAGCCAAAAUAACAAUUCCGCGGAACUUUCCUUCUGUUGCUGUAAAUGACAAAAAAAUCUAUGUUGUCGGUGGUCAUGUUCGACAAAACUUCGUUAGUGAUGUGGAAUGUUACGACACCGUCAAGAACAAGUGGAGAAAGGUUUGUCCGAUGGGAAGAGUACGUUUUGGUGCCGCUGCAGCAUUCCUGGACAAUAAAUUGUACGUAUGUGGCGGAUCGGGUGUCACGGGAACGACCUCAUCGGUAGAAAUAUAUGAUCCCAAAAGCAGUUUCUGGGAAGAAGGCACUAGUAUGAGAACAAGUCGGCAUCUUGCAGCUGUUGCUGUAUUAAACGAAUACAUCUAUGUAAUAGGUGGCAGAAAUGGCGGCAAAGCAUUAUCUUCAGUAGAGAGGUUUUGUACCGAGAAGUAUGAAUGGGAGGCUGUGCCUGAUAUGCAUGAAAGCCGUUACUUCUUUGGUGCAACGGCAGUCAACGGCAAGAUCUAUGUUUUUGGAGGAUUGAAUACGAAUGGCAUUCAAUCACGUAGUGUAGAGUGUUUUAACCCUCGUAAUAUGUGUUGGACGAUCUUACCAGCGAUGCCGAUGGCUGGUCGCAUCUCUUUAGCCGUGUCACACAAUAAUCUCGUCUUUCUUACGAGAAUAGGAUCUAGAAGAAUUCACAUAUUCAACGUGGACACGAAUGAAUGGGAACAGAGUCCUGAGAUGCCAGCAGCUAUUAGUACUGCAGUUAUACCUGCAAUUUGUAUUCCUGCCGAAUAA